AUGGCGUCUCAGCUAAAUGCCUUCAGCACUAACAUUCAAUUUUCCGAAUAUUUCUUCUCGUUGGAUGGUCCAACAAAACACAGAUAUUGCGAGAAAGUAAAUGAGAUUGGCUUUGAUCCUUAUGCGCUGAAAAAGUCUGAUUUUUCUGAAGAUUUUGCAAUGAUUCCUCGGGUUGAAUAUCCGGACAUUGUGAAUUAUUUAGUCUUGCAAACAUCGUGGGCUACCAAUCAACAGAUGAAGGCAUACAAAUCAAUGGAUGCAUUUAAUUUUUUUAUAUCUGGCUGGGUUAAUGUGCUGCAGAUGAAAGAAGUCAGUGAAGACAAAGUAGUUGUUUUUGCAAGGGUAAGCUAACCGAAAACGUACACUGUGGCAAUAGAAACCACGCAUUAUUAUGACUUGUUUUGUAGAUAAAGCUAAUAACAGUUACCUUUUCUUAUUGUCAGGUAAAUCAUUCUCAAAGAGCUCGCGACACUCCUUUAAAGGCAUGGAUUUUAGCAGAAAAAAAUGGAAUUGUGCUAACUGGUCACUGCGAUUGUAUGGCUGGUCUGAGUGAAGCGUGUUCUCACAUUGGUGCUAUGCUGUUUGCUUGUGAAACAGGGGCAAGAAUGCAGAACUCCGUGACUUGUACCGGAUCAGAAAACAAAUGGCUAAUGCCAUGUCAUGUGAAGGAAAUACCAUAUUUACCUGUGUCAGAAAUGGACUUGUCAUCUGCUAAACAGAAACAUGCUCUCCUCACUGACAAAGGAAAGGUUCCAAUGACAUUAAGGGACCUUCCUGUGAACAAAAACAGGGGAAUAAGACCCACAACAGAGGAACAAAACAAUUUUUUUUUAACAUUAGCAAGUGUGAAGGUAAGCCUGCCAUUUUUUCCCUUAUUGAACCAUACAAUGAAUUGUUUGUGGCUCAAGAGGAAGCUCUCCCAAAUCCGUUGACUGAACAGUUUUUUAAGGAAGAGUACAUGAAAUUAGGCUUUGAAAGCUUGCUGUCAAAGGGAAAGGAAAUUACCAUUGACAUAAACAAGGAACAAUGCUUACUGAUUGAAAGUUCUACCAGAGAACAAUCAAAUUCAAGGAUAUGGUAUCAGCAAAGAGCCGGGCGAAUCACAGCCAGUAAGCUAAAGUCUGUGUGCCACACAAAGUUUAAUUAA